CUGACAGCGAGCGCGCACGGGAAAUCAACACCAUGGCUGCCCACGCCUCAGAGGGACCCGUCGCCGCCCAGGACUCCGUUCCGCCGCCCGCCCCGGCCGGCAAGGCGGAACCGACGGCGGGGGGCGCGACCAAACCCAAAGAAGAGGACGCGCCUGCGCCCGAGCACGACGACGAGGAUGGUGGCGUGUGGGACUCGGCCUCGCUGUACGAGGAGAUUUUGGACGAGGUCGAGGCCUUUGAAUACUCCAGCGACGGUGUAGACAUGUGUACCGCCGACGAGGCGCGUCGACUGCGCCAGCGAUUGCACGAGGUCGGCGCCAGCCAGUUCGUUAUGGAGAACAUCACCAGCGAGAAGAUGACGGCGCGCAAGCUGUGCACGGCGUUUGGCGUCAAGAUACCCAAGUUCCUCGAAGAAGCCCCCGACGAGAACUUCUACCAGCUGCUCGGCCUGGCCAUCAAUCGCGAGCUCAACAAGCGCCCCCGCCUUGACCAGUACAAGACCAUUGAAGACGCUGCCAAGCUGCUGCAGGAGCGCAAGAGCAUCAUGGUCAUCACCGGUGCGGGCAUCUCGACCAGCCUGGGCAUACCCGACUUCCGCUCCAAGAACACGGGCUUCUACUCGCGACUGCUGCAGAUGGGCUACGACGAGCCCGAGGAAGUCUUUGAUAUUCACAACUUUGACGAGAACCCGCGCACCUUUUAUGCGCUGGCUGGCGACAUUAUACCCGACCUCGAGAAGUGGACGCCCACGCACGAGUUCAUACGCCUGCUGCAAGAUAAGGACAAGCUCCUCACCAACUAUACCCAGAACAUCGAUAACGUUGAGGCAAAUGCGGGAAUACGCAAGGAGAAGCUUAUCCAGUGCCACGGUUCCUGGGCAACUGCAACGUGCCGGAAGUGCAAGUUCAAGGUGCCGGGCGAGGAAAUUUUCGACGAUGUGCGCGCACAGAGACCGGCCGAGUGCAAGCGCUGCAAGGAAGAGAUUGCCGCACAGCCCACCAGGAAGCGCAAGCGGGCCUCUAACGGCAACGGCAGCAGAAAGAAGCGAUCCAGCGACGAAGACUCGGAGUCUGAUGGCGCCUUUGACAUUCCGCAGCCCGGCAUCAUGAAGCCAGACAUUACCUUCUUUGGCGAAGCACUCCCCAACGACUUCUUCGACAGGUUGAAAGACGUGGACAAAGACAAGGUGGACUUGGUUAUUGUCAUGGGUACGAGCAUGAAGGUCGCCCCUGUCUCCGAGAUACCCAACUUCCUGCCUCGAGACGUACCGCAAAUAUACAUCUCCCGAGAUCCCAUCCACCAUAUCAACUUUGACAUUAACCUUCUUGGCGAUUGCGAUGUUAUCGUGGCCGAGUUGGCCCGUCGUGCGGGUUGGGAUCUCAGCCACAAAAUGAUACCCGAUGGCCAAUCGGUCGAGGUAACACUCACCGAUGAUGUGGACCACAUCUCUACUGUCAAAGUCCACGUCCCGGUGGCGACCACGACAAACAACCAUAUUAACGAAUCAGCAUGAGCGUAGAGUUUAGCGUGUAAUUCUGUGUAUUGAUGGCGUUAUGAUUGGCAUUACGAGUGGCGUUUACAGGGGCAUUGUGUAUUCUGGACGCAGAGGGUAGACGCUGGCCCCGUGAUGUAACUCAGAUUCAGGAGUAGGGCGUUGGGACACCAUCACAUUGAGAGCAGCGGAAGGGCGGUUUGGAAGAUACCAUGGAUCGAGGGUAUGCGCAGGGGAGACACAUCAUAUGGUCUUUAUUUCAUCACAUCCCCUUUGCCGCAUAUAGACUCUUUUUUUCUUUUUCCUUGCGCAGCAUCAUCCGUCAAUCGAGU